AUGUCCGAACAAGCACCGAAGCCAAACUCAAUGGAAGAUGUCCUUUCAAGGUUGCCAGACAAGCGCCCAAUUCAAAUUCAAAUUGCCCAAUUGAAAGCUCAUCUGACAAACACCGUUAAGACUCUCCAAAGUAGUCUUAUGUCAGAGAUGAAGGGACUUAAAGGUGAGUUCCUCAUGAACCAAGCUUCCAAUGAAAAAGUCCUGAACGAUUUCUCAGAAUCGUUGCGCAAUUACGAGAGAGAGAACCGAGACCUUGCCCGACUCAUCUACCAUUUCUUCGAAGAGAUUGACACCAUCUGGGCGGCACUCUGA